UGCAAAAUGUGCAAUGAACGAAAUCAAAAUGGCUAAAGCUAUAAUUCCAACUGUAUUGCUCAACAUGUUGAAUAAAUCGAUGCAGGUACAUGGUGCAGCUGGAGUAUCUGGUGAUACGUAUUCCAUUAGCAUAUAUAUUGUGCUCGGUAGAACUUUGCGACUUGCCGAUAGACCAGAUGAAAUUCAUAUUCAACAGAUUAGAAAAUUGCUAUAG